CGGAACAUGAUGUCCUCCGGAAUUAGUGAAAAUGCUUCGAGAAAACGUAGGGCUAGCGGUACUGGCUCUUAUAGACAGGAAAAUAAAAUUCUCAAGUGGCAAGGGAAGCAAUAUAGAACUUUUACUAACAAACUAGUUCCUGCCAAACCCCAACCAGAAAGAAAGGUGUCCUGUAAAUGUUCGUACAAGUGUAGAAGCCUUACUUACAAACGGAAAUUAGAAUUAUAUAAACAGUUCUAUGAAACCGACUCUGCUAAACAGGGUACUUACCUUACGGGUCUGAUAAACAUAGGGAAUAUUAAAAAAAGAAGAAGACGUGGGACAUAUGAGCUUGCAGAAAGUAGUCAGUGUCAGUGCAGCAUAUUUUAUACUGUGCCUGAUGGUUCAGGAAACUUAGUGCUGGUUUGUAAACGCACAUUUUUGAAUAUAUUUGCCAUAAUCUCUAAAAAGAUAGAAAUCUUGGUGAAGAAGAAGAAGAAGAUGGGUGAAACAUAUUGA